AUGGCUGAAGUGACCUAUGCAGAUCUGAAGUUCAUGACACGGGAGCAGCCCAGGAACCAAGAGCCCCAUGAAGCCAAAGCGAAAGACUCUCCCACUCCAUCUCCUUAUUGGCGACCUGCAGCAGUGAUUCUUGGGAUCUUCUGCUUCGGUUUGCUGGGUUUCAUAAUAAGAUCAGCACAGUCUUAUAGUUCCUAUUCUUUCUGGAUUGCCUUAUCCCGCAAAGGAGCUGAUGGGUCCUGGUUAUGGGAGGAUGGUACAGCUUUCUCCACUGACUUGUAA